CGGGGGGGGCCCCGGGCAGGGAGCAGCGGAGGGGCCCCGGCAGCCGGCGGUGCCGUCGGGGCUACCGUGGCUACCGUGUUGGCGAUGGGCAGCGUGCGGGGCGCCGCGCUGCGGGCGCUGGUGUCGGUGGCCGCCGGGCUACUGGCGUGCGGAGGGGCGAGCGAGUACGACUAUGUCAGCUACCAGUCCGACCUGGGCCCCUACCCGGGCGGGCGCUUCUAUGCCAAGCCCCACCAGUGCGUGGCCAUCCCCGCAGACCUGCGGCUGUGCCACAGCGUGGGCUACGAUAAGAUGGUGCUGCCCAACCUGCUGGACCACGAGACCAUGGCCGAGGUGAAGCACCAGGCGAGCAGCUGGGUGCCGCUGCUCAAUAAGAACUGCCAUAUGGGCACCCAGGUCUUCCUCUGCUCCCUCUUUGCCCCCGUCUGCCUGGACCGGCCGGUGUACCCGUGCCGCUGGCUCUGCGAGGCCGUGCGUGACUCCUGCGAGCCCGUCAUGCAGUUCUUUGGCUUCUUCUGGCCCGAGAUGCUCAAGUGUGACCAGUUUCCCCAGGAUGAUGUCUGCAUUGCCAUGACAGCCCCCAAUGCCACCGAGGUCUCCAGGCCCAAAGGAACAACCGUGUGUCCCCCUUGUGACAACGAGAUGAAGUCGGAGGCCAUCGUGGAGCAUCUGUGUGCCAGCGAGUUCGCUCUGAAGAUGACCAUAAAGGAAGUGAAGAAGGAGAACGGGGACAAGAUGAUCGUCCCACGCAAGAGGAAGGCGCUGAAGCUGGGCCCCAUCCGGAAGAAGAACCUGAAGAAGCUGGUGCUGUACCUGAAGAAUGGGGCUGACUGUCCCUGCCAUCAACUGGACAACCUCGGCCACUACUUCCUCAUCAUGGGCCGCCAGGUGAAGACCCAGUACCUGCUGACGGCCAUCUACAAGUGGGACAAGAAGAACAAGGAGUUCAAGAAGUUCAUGAAGAAGAUGAAGUCUCCCGAUUGCCCAACGUUUCCAUCUGUCUUCAAGUGAUGGGCAAUGGGGGAGCCGCUGCCUGGACCUGUCUCCCUCCUUAUGCUCCUUGGAGCUUCCCUUGCUGACCCCAGGCUCCCACCUCCAUGAGUGUGACAUGCACCAGGCGCGGUUCACGCCUGCAGCAUCCAGCAUCCUGCUCCUGUGUGGAUGCAGACGUUCAUUUAAGCAGCAGCUACCAGGUAAAGAGGGCAAGCAGAGCGGGGCCAGGUUAUGUCAGGAGGUGACAGAAAGGACCCUCGUGACUGUCUGUGGCUGCAGGACUGCCCUAAAGUAACUCCUGUUUGAACCAGAGCUUCCCGAUUAUCCUCACAAUUAAAGUUAAUAGUGGACAACCUGUUACAACCUCUGAUAAAACCUCCUCAUAGCUAAUUGUCCUCACUGUAAAAAAGCCCCAUUGUAGUGUAAACCUGCUUAGUUUAAGCCUUAACCCUGGGGUCCUUAUGAUGCCUUGAUAGAGCUGGACUGGGGAGCUCUCCCUGAUGAGCAUCUCCUGUGAUGUGCCACCGGGAUGCCUGCGCUGGCCUCUGCACCCAGCCGAGCCUGGCCCCGUGCUGGUCCUGCCUGGUGCGAUGGAGCAGCAGCCACGUUCAGCUCAGCAUCCCCACAUCACCUUCCAUGGAGGGCUUCCCAUGCACGUGUGGCCUUUGCAGCCCAGGGCUGUGGCCAAGGAGAGCUCGUGUCACUCCCUGCCUUUACCAGUGAUGCUUUCCUAGCUUCUUCAGGCUGCAGGUUCCAGAUGGACCAGGGCUUGUCCCUAUGGAGCGCUAUGGGAAACGCAUCGUCUCCAUCUUUACCUCUUUGUGGUUGCUGUGGGAGCUCUCAGUUUCCAGGUUUUUAUGUGUGACAACUCAGCUUUGUGUCAUUCUGGGCUCGGGUGGGGUUUUUUUCCCUAAUCAAAAUGUCAUGUUAGCAUGAGGUCAAAUAGUUUAUGAAAGACAAGGAAUAUUGGAUCCAAAUGAUUACAUUUAUCGACCAAGCUGAAAUUCAUUAUUCUGUUAAUUGGACAAGUUCUCUUUUCCAUAGACCCCUCUUGCUCCACAUUAAUUUUACUGUCCUCCUUCCAUUCACUGUUCUCAUCAAUCACAAUUGCUCUUUAAGGGAAUGAAUCUCUUGCCAUCUGAGAUAGUCCUAUUGUAUUGCAGUUAAGUGAAACAACAAACCCUCCUUCUGGAGGUUUCAACCCACCCCACUCAAAGCUGCUGAAUCAAUUGUUCCUUAGCUCGGGAGUGCUGUUUGUUCCCCACGUGGGAAUAUUCCCCGUAUGGGAAUAAACAGAGCCAUGGACUCAAUGGUAGAAGAAUUCCAUGAAGGAGCCAAGUGCACUGCGGAGGGAUGUUUUACAGCGAACGGAGAUGGAUUUAGGACGUGAGCUCUGUAGAAGGUCCCAUUAGGCUGGCUUAGGCCACCACUUGUACUAGCACUGUUUGAUGCAGAUUAAUCAUUGUAGAUAAUGUGCUUUAUCAGUGGAUUAAAGAAAUAGACUGUGGGCUUCAGCAUCACAGAUUGAUGAGGUGCAGUCAUGGGGAAGGUGGACAGAUCCAGCCUGGUCCCACAGGUCAGGACCUGGAACUGAGCUGGAACAUGGUUAUCCUGGAGCAUCCUUGGCAACAGCACCCGGAUCCUCCUCCCAUUGCCUUUGCUUCCACAGCUGAAGAGGAAUUGGGUGUGAAUGAGGGAUGCUUAACCCUUCCAUAGUGCUGGGGCUUUAUGCUGCCACCCAGGCUGCUGGUGGGUGUCCUCUAGCACCCUGCUGUUCAUUUACUGCAUUGAAAACACACACUUCAGCAGGAAGCAGCCAACCAAAGACCAAACCACAUCCCAUGCACGUGGAGCCCCUUUGCCAAGUCUUGGAUGCAGCAGUGGGUGAAGUGAUGGUGCAGUGGCCUCUGCCACAGAGCAUGGAAGGAUUGGGUGUGAGUUUCUUAAUGCCACUGGUGCUUUCCUCUGCACAAGCAGUUCAGAAACAAUCAGUUCUUUCCAACGCCCCUCUCACAGUGGGUGUUUGCCUUUGAGAAACCAAUUGGAGCUGCUGGGGAGGUUGGGAUGUGGUAUUCCAGACACGGGGAUACCUGGAAAGUGAUUUUACCAUUCUCUUGCCAAAGUGCUCCAUAACUUGGCAACUGCUUCCAUUGGGUCAACCGGGCAUUGCUCUCCUUUCCCCCGGGCUCUUUUGGUACAUGGAGGCUUUUGGUAUCAAUAGCAGCACCAAAAGGAAAGUGUUUCAUGUACCAUUGUGGUGUAAGCCAUUCUGGUGCCUUUGCAAUCUGUUUUGAUGCAACUUUAAAUAGCUCAUUUAGAAAAGUGUGGCCAAUGAGCAGGCAAAACCUGGUGGUUAUAGAGUUCACAGGAGGCCAUAAACCCUGUGCUGAUGGACAGUGCUGUGGGUACCCUCCUGAUGCACAGACAAUGGGUGAUGCUGCCAAAGCCCCUGAGCCAGAAACAGCAUCCUGUGUACACCGAUGUGUCCGUGCAGCUGAGACCUUCUGGGCAUGGGGAAGGGAAGAUGCUUUGUAUUGUCUGAGCCCCCAGCUCCUCCAUGAUACAUCCCUGCUGUGGAGCCAAGGCCAGGAGACAUUUGCCAUGCAGCAUCGUGCCUCUGAAGAGGUCCAGGGGAUGCAGGAGCCGUACAGGCAGCUUGUGCAGGGCUGGGAUCAAGGGGACCCCCAUGGCUCAGAGCUGUGUUACCAUGGGGUAACACCGUGUUCUGCCACUGCUGUGUGGCUGUGCAGGGACCGUGGGGCAGGGUGCUCUGCUUUGGGUGCAUUCCAAAGGGAGGCAGGUGCUUGGGUGAGGUGAUGGGAGGGAGGCAGGUUCCCACUUGCCUUGCCAAGCAGGACCAAUGUGUGGGACAUCAGCAGAGGCAGCAGGGGAAGAGGCUCAUGUGGCUGUGGGCAGCAUCCCUGCUCCCAUAAGACAGCAGUCCCUACACAUGCUCAUUGGGAAUAAAAGGGGUGAGGGGCUGGGUGUGCUUGGCAGAGCUGUGCUCAGGUUUAAGGGCUUUACUUGCCUCGUCUAUGUCAGAGAUGUGAGAACAGCUCAAGGUGCAUACGAACUAUCUCUUGAAGGGCAAAUACUCAAAUAGGAUUCAUGUAGAAGCUGGUAAGGAGGGGACACAAAGUGCCUCAAUGCAGGCACAAGCAUGUGAGCAGAGCAAGAUCUUGGUGUCUUGGGAAGCUCUUGCACGAGCACAACGCCUGCUGCAGCAGAGCACUGCUUGCCUUUCUCACAGUGUAUUUAGAUGAAGAAAUCUGUACUUGAUUGCUCUACUUUGUUUUAAACUUGUGGUUGAUAUAAACACAUUAUGGCUUCUGUUUUCUCUCUCCUGUGAUUGGAACAAGAAACUCCUCAAUAAAAUGCCUUUUUCUUUUCUUUGGAA